GGGAGACGGAUAUAGUGAAUGUGGGGGCCCGGGGAGACCGGAUAUAGUGAAUGCAGGGUUCGGGGAGACCGAAUAUAGUCAAUGCAGGGUCUGGGGAGACCGGAUAUAGUGAAUGCAGGGUCCUGAGAGACCAGAUAUAGUGAAUGCAGGGUCCGGGGAGAGCGGAUAUAGUGCAUGCAGGGUCUGGGGAGACCAGAUAUAGUGAAUGCAGGGUCCGGGGAGACCGGAUAUAGUGAAUGUGGGGGCCGGGGAGACCGGAUAUAGUGAAUGCAGGGGUCCGGGGAGACCAGAUAUAGUGAAUGCAGGGUCUGGGGAGACCGGAUAUAGUGAAUGCAGGGUCCUGGGGAGACCAGAUAUAGUGAAUGCAGGGUCCGGGGAGACCAGAUAUAGUGAAUGCAGGGUCCGGGGAGAGCGGAUAUAGUGAAUGCAGGGUCCGGGGGAGAGCAGAUAUAGUGAAUGCAGGGUCCGGGAGA